UAAGAGAGUAGUCACUUCCUCAGUAGGAGAUUACAACAGUCUUGAAGAUAUUUCCGUAACGUCGGAACGAAUAGUGGAAUUUUUGUGAUCGUGAGGCUGUUAAGAUCAUUCACCUCUCAAGUAACCUGCAGUAUUACUCAGGGAAUUCCUGAGAAUGUUCCCAUGAACAUCUGAAAUUUCUAGAAGUACUACCACUUCAACAUAUUCCAGAUGGAGAGUUCUCUGCUGAUUGCUUUUGACUUCGAUGACACAAUAAUAAACGGAAACACUGAUCAUGUUGCCUAUAACAUGAUCCCCGGUGGGCUCCCCGAAGACGUUAAGGAGCUGUACCAGUCAGGUGGAGGGUGGACGGAGUUUAUGAGAAGAUGCUUUCAACUGUUGCAUGCAGCGAAAGUACCCAGAGAGGACCUGGAAGCAACUGUGAAGGCCAUUCCAAUGGUCCCAGGGUUCGAGGACCUUCUGGAGAACUUGUACACCUACAAUUGUGAAGCGAUAAUUAUCAGUGACUCGAACUCGCUCUUCAUCCAAAACUGGUUGGAGCAUCAUAAGCUGAAGCACCUGAUAAGGAGAGUCUUCACGAAUGCUGCGUACUACGACGAGGAUGGACUGCUCCACCUGGAGGAAUACCACGUCCAGAAGUCCUGUGAGCUCAGCGAGAGAAAUUUGUGCAAGGGAGCCGUGCUGGACAUAUAUAUGAGGCUGCGAGCGUGCCAGGGAAUGAAUUUCCAGAAGGUGGCUUAUGUGGGGGAUGGGAAGAACGACUUCUGUCCGAUGUUGAAAUUGUCUGAGAACGAUCUGGUGUUCCCCAGACAGGACUACCCAAUCAUGAACUACCUGAGCAAUCCAGAGAAACCCUCGGUGAGGGCGGAAAUUAUACCUUGGAGGGAUGGCAAUGAUAUCUGGAGGGAACUUCGUGCUCGAAUAGAUUUUUAAUCGUUUAGAAUGUGGAAAUAUUGGUUUCCAUAGAGGUUCAUAUUGAUGAAGCAGAACUUCCAUCCCCUGUCCAUAAAGAAAUGCUAUUGUAUCAUCAGAAUUUUCCGGAUUUUCACAUAUUGUCAAUCCUUGUAAGUCUGACACACACGUUUGGAUGACUUUUCUCGGUUGCAUAUCCAAAUGCCCGUUCCAAAAAUAGUAGUCGUGCAAGACCACUAUUUGGUCAAUGCCAGCCGUCAAUAAUUGAUUAUGAGGCAUAAAUUUUAUACCUGAAAAAAUUAUUUUUCAAUAAAUUAAUUACUAAUCAGUGAAA